GUCACGGUCAUAUGUUCGGUCGGCUUCGGAUUAUGAAAUAAAUAUUUCCCCAAAAACCAGAUAUCUCUAGUAGUUAAAUAAUGGCAUUAUCGUUUUUACGCACUCAUAUAAUUGCUCGACACCUGAAGAAGCAAUUAUAUCCGAAUAAACGCAAUGCUGGAUAUGUUGUUCUAAUCCCAGAAAUUGGUGAAGAUGCAGAUAAAAACAUAUUACUUUGUGAAAAUGGUUUACCAGAAUUUAAUGAUUUCACAAUUGAGAAAUGCAUAGCAGCAAUUAGUAAACAAAGUUUAGAAUAUGAAAAUGGGGUUAACCAAAUUGAACACUCCGCACAGAGCUGCAGAAAUGCAUUCACUGAUAUAUUCGAACCGUUGGAGAAGAUUGACGGCCCAUUGGAAUUAACAUGGGGCAUGGCAAAAACACUAUAUUUGGGGAAUAGUUGCUUAAUGCCAACAAAAUCAUAUAUACAGAUACAUGAGAGGGCACACAAAGCAAGAUUAUCAAAAUUUAACAGCAUACCUAUAUUCAAAGCAGCUGUUAAUGAAAAGAAUAAAUUGAAAAAACUGACUGAUGAAGAGCAAAGGCUUCUAGAUAAGUACAUUCUAGAAGGGAAGCUCAAUGGACUUGAUGUGAAAGGUCUUAAAAGAGAACGACUGAAUCACAUUCUCACAGAAUUACAGAAAGAAAGGCAAAUAUUCCGAGAUAAAGUGAACUUGGCUAACAAGAUGUUUACACACACAAUAGAUGAUAGUCAAGUAAUAAGGGAAUUCCCCGAAAGUCUAGCAAAAGACAUGUCCAUAAGUAAUGACCCAAAUAAAGGCCCAUGGAAAGUGACCUUGCAGCCUCAUAUUUUUGACAGAUUCAUGCAAUACUGUCCAGACAGACAACUCCGCUGGAACACAUAUCAAGCAUACAUACAGAGAUGCUCCAACUAUGUCAAUAAAGAAAUAGAAACAAGUACAAACCUAGAGAAAAUUAGAAGCUUAAGACAAGAACAAGCAACAAUUUUGGGUUUUGAAUCAUUUGUAGAAAUGAGUAUGGAGACGAAAAUGGCAGGAUCCAUUGAGAAUAUUUACAACAUUUUUGAUAGUUUGCUUGAAAAUGCUAAACCAAUGCAAGAAGUAGAAAUUGAAUUAUUACAGAGGUUUGCUAAGGAAAGGGGUUUUGACAGCAAAUUAGAGUACUGGGAUAUACCAUAUUGGCAAAGAAAGCAGAAGUGGACAUCAUAUAAUUUUGAAGAAGAUAAAAUACGUGAAUUCUUUCCUCUUCCGAGAGUUAUUAAUAGUCUAUUCAAUCUUUGUAGUACACUGUUUAAAAUACAAAUUGUAGAAAGAAAUGAUAUAAACACAUGGCAUAAGGAUGUGAAGUUUUAUGACAUAUAUGAUGAAUCAAGCAAUAAUCCUAUAGCUGGUCUAUAUUUAGACCCUUAUGCACGUCAAGACGAAAAGAUUCGUAUUUAUGAUGACGCUGGUUGGCACAUUUCAAUUCGCAACAAGUCCUCAAUUACUUCCACAAAUCCAUUGUCAGCACUUAUAUUCAAUUUCCAGGCGCCUGUUGAUGGUAAACCAUCAUUGUUAACAUUCAAUGAAGUAGGGAUUUUGUUCCGCAGGUUCGGACAUUCAUUGCGUCAUUUACUCACUAAAGCAAAUUUCUCAGAGGUAGCUGGUCUAUCUAAUGUCGAAUGGGAUGCUGCUGAAGUCUGUGGCCAUGUCAUGACGCAUUGGCUUUAUGAUCCACACACAAUCCAAGCUCUUAGUGGGCAUUACAAAACUGACGAACCAUUACCAGAGGAUAUUGUCAAUAAUCUACGUAAUGUCAGAGGACACAUGGCUGGUUAUCACUUGUGCAAUGAACUUUACCUUUCAAAAUUAGAUUUAGAGCUUCAUUCAAAGAAAACAUUUUGGAGAGAUCUUGUACGUGAGAUGUGGCCCAAAUACUACACUAUGCCAUUCGACAAGUACAAUUCGCACCCUUUGUCGUUCACAAAAAUAUUUUCUGAAGAGUGGGGAGCUGCAUACUAUUGUCAUUUAUGGUCAAAAAUGAUUGCUGCUGAUAUUUACAGUGCAUUUGAAGAGGCUAGGCAGGGAGAACAAGACGUUUUGACUGUGGGAAAGAGAUACAGAGACACAUUUUUAGCAAGUGGUGGAAGCUGUCAUCCGAGUGAAAUAUUCAGGAGGUUUCGUGGUAGGGACCCGUCUCCUCACGCCCUACUUAAUAAUCUGGGCUUGUCCAAAAAGAAUAUAGAGGAAUAGAACCAAGUCCAAAUACUGUUCUAAUUAAGUACUUAGAUUUAUUUUAAUUUAAUAUCUUUUGUCGAAAAU